AUUUGUGGGGAGGGAUUUACUCGGUCAUCUCACCUAAUGGCGCUCCAGCGAGUUCACACCGGGGAGCGGCCGUUCACCUGCUCGGACUGUGGGAAGGGAUUUACUCGGUCUUCCAGCCUACUGAGUCAUCAGAGAAUUCACACUGGGGAAAAGCCGUUCAUCUGUUCGGUCUGUGGGAAGGGAUUCACUCACUCAUCCACCCUACUGAGUCAUCAGCGUGUUCACACUGGGGAGAGGCCAUUCACCUGCUCGGACUGCGGAAAGAGAUUCACUCAGUUAUCCAACCUACAGAGUCAUCAGCGAGUUCACACCGGGGAAAAGCCGUUCACCUGCUCAGAAUGUGGAAAGGGAUUCAGACAGAUAUCCCAUCUAGUGAUUCAUCAGCGAGUUCACACUGGGGAGAAGCCAUUCACCUGCUCAGAAUGUGGGAAGGGAUUCACUCACUCAUCCCAUCUACAGGGACACCAACGAAUUCACACUGGGGAGAGGCCAUUCACCUGCUCGGACUGUGGGAAGGGUUUCACACAGUCAGCCAGCCUUCAGACUCAUCUGCGAGCUCACACUCGGGAGAAGCCGUUCACCUGCUCAGAAUGUGGGAAGGGAUUCACUCGUUCAUCUUACCUACUGAGUCAUCAGCGAGUUCACACUGGGGAGAAGCCGUUCACCUGCUCAGAGUGUGGGAAGGGAUUCACUCACUCAUCCCAUCUACAGAGACACCAACGAAUUCACACUGGGGAGAGGCCAUUCACCUGCUCGGACUGUGGGAAGGGAUUCACUCAGUCAUCCAGCCUUCAGACUCAUCUGCGAGUUCACACUGGAGAGAGACCGUUCACCUGCUCAGAAUGUGGGAAGGGAUUCACUCGUUCAUCUUACCUACUGAGUCAUCAGCGAGUUCACACUGGGGAGAGGCCGUUCACCUGCUCAGAAUGUGGGAAGGGAUUCACUCAGUCAUCCCACCUACAGAGUCAUCAACGAUUUCACACUGGGGAUAAGCCGUUCACCUGCUCAGAAUGUGGGAAGAGAUUCAUUCAUUCUUCCGACCUACUGAGUCAUCAGCGAGUUCACACUGGAGAGAGGCCAUUCACCUGCUCGGACUGCGGGAGGAGAUUCACUCAGUCAUCCAACCUACAGAGUCAUCAGCGAGUUCACACUGGGGAGAAGCCGUUCACCUGCUCAGAAUGUGGGAAGAGAUUCACUCGUUCAUCCGACCUACUCUGUCAUCAGCGAGUUCACACUGGGGAGAGGCCGUUCACCUGCUCAGAAUGUGGGAAGAGAUUCACUCGUUCAUCUACCCUACUGAGUCAUCAGAGAGUUCACACUGGGGAGAGGCCGUUCACCUGCUCAGUCUGUGGGAAGAGAUUCACUCAGUCAUCCCACCUACAGAGUCAUCAGCGAGUUCACUCUGUGGAUAAGCCGUUCACCUGCUCCGUCUGUGGGAAGAGAUUCACUCUGUCAUCCAACUUACUGGUUCAUCAUCGAGCUCACACUGGUGAGAAGCCGUUCACCUGCUCAGAAUGUGGGAAGAGGUUCACUCUGUCAUGCAACCUGCAGACACACCAGCGAGUUCACACUGGGGAGAGGCCAUUCACCUGCUCAGUCUGUGGGAAAGGAUUCACUCGGUUAUCCCACCUACAGAGUCAUCAGAGAACUCACACUGGGGAGAAGCCGUUCACCUGCUCGGUCUGUGGGAAGGGAUUCACUCACUCAUCCACCCGACUGAGUCAUCAGCGAGUUCACACUGGGGAGAAGCCGUUCAUUUGCUCCGUCUGUGGAAAGAGAUUCACUAAGUCAUCCAACUUACUGGUUCAUCAUCGAGCUCACAGUGGCGAGAAGCCGUUCACUUGCUCAGAAUGUGGAAAGAGAUUCACUCAUUCAUCCGACCUACUGAGUCAUCAGCGAGUU